UUGAGCACAGCGCUAGCCGGUGACGGGUGAUGAUAGUAAUACGUAGUAGUAAUAAGUCGGCGAGCCGAAAAGUCUGCCAUAGAGAGAAUUGCAGCAACUGAAAAAAAUGCAAUUGCUUGCAAAUGUUGUGUAAAGCAAGUGACCAAACAGCUAAAAAAAAAAUUAAUCAAUACGCAUAAGUGUAAACUAAGUCAGAAGCCAUAUUAUUAUUUAACUAAUAGCCAGCAGCCUUUUCCUGCUUUUUGUUGUUUUUUUUUUUUUUUCGCUUGACACUGCUGCCGACUACUGUCUGGUCGUGAGAUCCUGUUGAAGAACUUUUGCUUCCGCAAAUACGAGACCGAAAAUCGAUAAUUUCGUGCUGUAUAAGUUACGGCGAAAGGUGCGCGUUCGCUCGGCUCGGCUUGGUUCGGUUCGGUUCGGCUCAGUUCGGCUCUUGGCACGAAUAAACAUAUAUGUAAAGUGGCAACCUUCUUCUUCUUGCUUUUGUUGCCGUUGUUGUUGCUGUGGGUGGUGCAAAAACAGUGUAGAUUACAACAAAACGCCGCGCAUGAAACGUGAUUGAAAUUAUUGCACAAAAAGGAAACGGCGCUUACACGCGCCAAACAGGCGCGCGUAGGCGGCAACAGUGAACAACGAGAAAGAGACAUCGAGAAAGAACGAGAGUCAGAGAGGUAGAGAGAAAGAGUGAGGGUUAGCGUAAGCGAGUGAGUGAGCGCGCAAUCGAGCUCUCGCGUAAAUCAGGAAGCAAAGUAAAGCAAAAAAUAACAAACAAAAAUACAUAUACUGAUGGCGAAUAAAUAGAAACCGAAAACGAGUGGAAAACGUAACAGCACAAAAUGUACUAGCAUGUAGUAAUAGUAAUAGGAAUUAGAGUGAGAGGACCCCACGGACACCCAACACACACUCACAUAUUCAGAAACGUACAAAAGGUGUUGGAAAGGGGGCGUCGCAGUCGCAGUCGCAGCUGACGCCGACGUUAUCAUAGUAGUAAGUUUUUCUGUGUUGCGGGUGCAGCGUCGCGUAAACACGAACGUGUGUGUGCGCUCUAGUGCGCGAGUGUACGAGUGCGUGUGGAAUGUGUAAUAAAUAAAACAAAGCACACAGCAAAAAAUCAUGAUAAAGUUUGUCAGGCACAAAAAUCGCGAGAAUUCAUUAAAGGCAUCGAAAAAUUUUCUGCGUAAAAAGCGUGAAUCGAAUGACUCUGGCACCGAAUCUGAUGGUGAACUCCUCGAUGUGGAAAACAAACGUCACUUAGACGUGGAUAUGGAAACUAGUUUGAGUUCCUGUACGGAUGCUAACUCACCUACUACCGAUACUGCAUGCUCAUCCGAGUCGUCUGCGAUCGCUGCUGCUGCAAUGAUGUGUCACCAUCAGACAUCGUCGUCGUCAUCCUGCGCCCAUCUCAUGUACGAUCAGCAUAGUUCGGAGGAGGAGCUUGAGGUGAUCAAUGGGCCGUCAGCGGUAGCCGCUGCCGAGGCAGCUGCAGCGGCAGCGGCGGCGUUAACAACAACAAUCGCCAGCGGUGGUCCAGGGGCAUCGUCGUCCAGUGCGUCGCGUCUAUCGAAUCGAGGCUGCAGUUCGUCCCUGGACACGGAGGCGCCAUACGAUGAGCGUGCCACGACAUCAUCCAAUUCGAAGCGUUCCAGCUCGACGCUAAUGGUUGAGAAUCGCAAGCGUUCGCUGGCUCAUAGCUCCGAUGAUGAGUUGCGCAACUCGCUGGAGCCAAUAUUGACGCCCGUGAAUUUUCGCACAUCGCCGCCAUUGGAGGCAUUUAAGCCAAAUCGUAGCCAUAUGAUGUUCCGCUCCACAACGCCACUGAUAUUAUCGGAGGCCAGAUGUGGCAUCGAAAAUAUUAAAUUAUGUGAUAAUAGUGUAAAUGAGGAGAACGGCGACGGCAACAACAGCAACACCAACAGCAACAACAAUAGCAACAGCAACAAAUGCUCGAAAUUCGGAGUUGGCGCUGGAGCCGGCAACGAGGGCAACGAGAACGAGCCGAGCGUUAUAAAGGCGUGCAGCAGCUCAUUGAAGAUGAGCAACAGCUCGCAUCACAUUUACCAGCCGCAGCCCAAAUAUAGUUUCCAUUAUAAUAGCUCGAGAAGCAGUCCGGCUUCCACAACCGGCUUGGAUAUGGAGGUGCGCUCGGUUAGUCCGCCCGCGAAAUUAUUUCAUUGCGCCAUUUCGCCGCAUCGUCGUCCCAGCAAUAAUGUUGCCAGCAGCGGCACAGCAGCAACAGUUGGUGCUGGUGGUGGUGGGGAUGCUGGCGUUACUGUUGCUGCCGCCACACAGAGACUGCAGCGACCACAUAGGCCGUGUUUAGAUUUUGAUAAGAUGCAGCAGGUGAGUCUCUAAUGCAGAGCGCGCUAACAGCGAAUUAAAAGGAAAAGGCAAAUCAAAGACUUUUUAUACAAACAACAACAACAACAAACCAUCAACAACAACAACUGCAAACUGUAAAAACGUACCUAUGCAGCCAGUGUUGAUUAACGCGCACUGGCCCCACAAUUAGGCGCACAGAACCCGAUCAAACCGGCCUGAGAGACAAGCAGGCAAACAGCAGGCAUACAAUAAACAACAAAAGGCAAAACAACAAACAAAUAUCAUCAAAUCAAAUUAUGUAAAGCUAAAAGUAAUUCAAGUUUUAAAACAGACAACAAAAUAUGCUAAAA